GGAUGGGGGCGGAGAACAGAAAGAGCUCUGCCUGUGAGACUAUGGUGGAAAGCAGAGCUGUGUAGGAGAGUUUGUCUGGGUGGGUAAAUGUGGAAAGAAUAAGAGACAGAAGACAAGAAACGGUGGAUGAACAACAAAACAUGAAAAGGAUUUGCAGAUGAAGAGGAUGGACUAAGAUGCAGUUUCAACCUAACUGAUCUGACCCAAAGAGAAGGAAGGGAACCUAAAGUAGAGCUACAAAAAAGACUGGAGACUUGUCUGUACAAGAGGAAGGGGGAAGAAAAUGACUGAGCAACUUGGCUCUACUACCGGUUGAGAGGCAAACUCAGUCACACAAGGCAGACAGGAAGACGAAGAGUGGAUCUGUAACAAAGUGCUACAAAACAGCUGGAGGGAAAGAACAGACUGUUAUUUCAGAGGAAGGGAACAACAUAAAAGAGCAUAAAAUGGAAUCAAAGUGUCUGUGACAGAUACAGAGUCGAGGUUGUGAAAGAGGGGCUAACGGUUAGAAAGGUAUGAGGGGACAGCUCUUGAAGCUUCUCUUCUCUUUGAUGAUCACUGUCCUCUUGUUGGUGAGCCUGGUGACCACUUUCAUCUGGUACAAGUUAGACAACAAUAAUGUGCAACCUCUGCAAUCACAGCCUCAGCAGAAGAGAGCUCCUCAACCCCCAGCUUCUUGCAAAGACUGCAGGGAGAAUAUAAAAAAAGUCUUAGAAGUAUAUGCGAAAGCCUGGAAGAAACAAGAGGAGAGUUACCUGAAGUUCAGAUCACAGCUGCGCUCCAAGUGCCAUGGUUUUGAGAAGGCCACCAUUACCCAGCAGAACACUCCAGUGGGAACAAAACUUGUUUAUGAUGGAGAGAAGAAGCGAACCCUUCAGGUGAACCAGGAGAUUUUCAGCACCUUUUUCAAAGAGCAUCCCUUUCCAAAUAAAACAUGGCAUACGUGUGCUGUUGUUGGUAAUGGUGGGAUCCUGGGAAACAGCAGCUGUGGCAAAGAGAUUGAUUCAGCUGACUUUGUAAUCAGAUGCAAUUUACCUCCCUUGUCAAAUGGGUAUGAGACACAUGUUGGCAGUAAGACGGACCUUGUGACUGCAAACCCAAGCAUCCUCAUAGAAAAGUUUGGGGCUCUGAUGGGACGGCGACGGAAAUUUGUGGAGAGUCUGCGCAGCUAUGGCCACUCUCUUUUGCUGCUUCCUGCUUUCUCCUUUGGCCGCAACACUCCUGUGUCUCUCCGGGCUUUGUAUACGCUUGAGGACUUUGAAAGCCCCAUCAGAUCUAUCUUCUUCAACCCUGGAUACCUCCAGAGUCUGGCUCUUUUCUGGCGCUCUCAGGGCCUAAAAACAGUACGACUCAGCACCGGUAUUAUAAUGACAAGCCUUGCUUUGGAGCUCUGCGACAAUGUGCAGUUGUAUGGAUUCUGGCCCUUCGACGUUCACCCACACAACUUUCAAAUCUUAACUAACCACUAUUAUGAUGAUAGAAAAACCAAAACAAAGUUUCAUGCCAUGCCAGAGGAGUUUAACCACUUGUUGAGGUUGCACAGCCAGGGUGUGCUUAAAUUACACCUUGGAGACUGCAAAGCACAGGGAAACUAGACUCCUCAGCACAUAGAGCAAAGUGCCUUUCUCCAUUGCUUCAGGAUGAAACCAGUCAUCAACAUGCAUAUAAUCUUCUAGUAAAUAAAUGGACUGUUUAGAAUACACUGAUCAUAGCCAUACAGUUCAGCACGUCUAUCAGCAGUUACAAAAUAUGCACUGAGAUUGAAAUCUAAACACACAGCCUGUAAACAAGAUAGUAUCUUUUUCUGCAACUUUAUUUAUUGUUUUGUUCUGGAUGGAGUUCAGAAGAAGUUAUUAUUCUGUAACAUGAGCCUUUGUGAGGCCAUCUGCAAUUAGGGACUUAUAUUACCCUGUUUUUUUGGUAGAGUGUGUUUUAAUGUGUUUUAAUAGUACAGUAGCAAACUACCUCCUUUUUAAGAACUUUGUGACUAAACAAUAAGACCAGCAAACUGAAUGUACCCGUUUUUGAGAAUUUUUACCACUCUGAAAUGUGUGCCUAGUUUGUAGUAAAAACAAAACACAUAUUUUAAACAGAGAACUUUUCAGACACUGACCUCUUUCUUCACCCUGACAGACUGAGGACGAAGUAUGGUGCCUUUUUUUGCCUUAAAUAAAGUCAUCCCAAUUGAUUUUAAAAAAAAAA